AAAUUCGGCGGCGUCAAGCUUUCAUAUGUGCCGCUUCAAUAGCUCUCAGGGGGGCUACGUGAAUGCGCUUCGCGUUCAAGCUAUACGCCAUAAUGUCGCUGCACGAUUUGCUCCUCUCCCUCAGAGAGCGAUAGCAACGCACCGUUCAGCAUGACAGACUGGUUUACGCUAGAUCUGCCUCAGAUGCCCAUGCACAACAUCAUCGCCACCACCAGUCCACAGAUCAUACCGAGCUGGGCGCCCACCAUGCAAGGCAGAAUGCCCCUCGCGCCCUUGAGGCAGCAAGAUGGCAAUGCUCGACAAACGAGCGGCUUCAUUGACCUCAAGAGUCUCGCUGCACCGCUCGAGCUACGGACAAGCUCGAAAGAUUCAAUCGCGACCUCUCAGGAAGACAGCGACGAAGAUGACGAUGAAGAGUCAAUGGAGCGUGCUGCCGAUUAUACGUAUGAACUCGUUGUCGAUCGUCGACCGCUCUCACCGCCCAUCAUUGCACAGCUUAUUGUACGCGACGGCCAAGGACAGCUUGUCGAUCCGAGCUCCAUGGAUCUCUCCUUCCUCAUCGUCUCUGUUGACCUUUGGUCAGGCGACGGAUCUCGUGACGAGAACCUCGUGCUCCACCCUUCAUACAGUCCAACGCUGGUCGUUCCGACGACACCGACACAUUAUCAGCCUUCCUCGCCGGGCUCGUCCUUCACAGACAUUUGGCCCCCCUCGCCCCGUCACAGUGGACCCAGUCAGGCUUCACCUCAUCAGCUCGCGACAGAUGGCGUCAUGACCAGCUACUUUCACCGCACUCCCUCCCCCGUCAUCCGGCCCGCAGAGCUGCUGCCAUUCGAGCGCGGGCCGGGCGAAGUCGUCUCCAUUCGCAACCUAAUGGGCUCUCUCCAAGCCAAUGCCAACCUGCUCAAAGAUCUCUCAGACCGCAACGGCAUCUUCUUCGCCUUUCCUGACUUGUCAAUCCGCGCAGAGGGAACCUACCGAGUCAGGAUGAUCCUCAUGUCGCUCGGACAGAGGGGACAGCGACACUUAUUCCCCCAACCGCUGCUCGCCCAGACUUUCACAGACCCGUUCAGUGUUUUCCCACCGAAACGGUUCAGAGGGAUGCUUGAUCCUACAGAGCUGUCCGAGAGCUUCGCAAAGCAGGGAGUAAAGCUUGCCAAUCGUCGUGCACCUGGUAACGGCAAGCGACCCAGACUGUGAUGUGUAUCUGCUGUUUUGCUCGGGG